GGCGCGCCGUAUAUAUACCGCGCAAGUCAAGGUCUCUUCGAAAAGAAACCAUGCAAAAUCAGUGCACAAAACUUAUGAGAGUCCAGCAGAAAGUGAAAGUAUUGUCGUCGGUUAAGUCUGUGAUACUUCCAGAGGAAGAAGGUAUUCUACGGGCCGUACACGAGUUGUUAUCGCUGGUGUUGGCGUUGUGUGCCCUCUGGGUGUCGGCGUUCAGCACGUUUGGCCCCAACUUAUUGAUGGAAGCUGCGGAAUAUCGAAAGUCGUCGGUCCCGGUUAUGAGAAGACCCCGUGUCAAGUUGCUCAUGGAGGCUUAGCCAGUUAGCCAUCACGUCCAGUCUGGUCACCAUGGCAACUGAACAACCUCAAGCCCCACCUCCAGUAACAUCUAGGGAGUAGCAUCUGGGCUUAUACACCAGGUCAGCGUUCUGCUAUUGUCAACUUUGGAGAAUGGUGAUGGUGGACAUUCAAGUUUGCAAGAGUUACAAUGUAGAUGCUUGCAGUGGACUAGGCCCAGACUAUCCAAGCUCUGAUACUAAUGUACGCCCGUGUGGAGUUAGUUCCCCAAUGCCGUCCGAGAAACCCCCGCCAUUCAGAAGGGCUUCAUAGCAAGUACACGCACAGCCACGGGGAAAUGGAUGAACAUGACUACCAGGGGUGUGAAGGGCAUGAUCCCAAACUCCCUUGACAACAAGAUGAGACAACUCAAGGAACAUGGUCAGGUUCUUGGCAGGAUUCAUCCUGGGUUCUAUGACAUCAGGAAGAGAUUGAAGGAAGAUCUUGAGAGAAUGUUGGCUGAGAGACGAUGAGGAGUCAAGAAGAUGAUGGCCGGUAAACGUCUCGAGUCAACAUGGUCAAACGGCUCAUUCAUAUCCAGCGAUAUCAUGCUCAUCUUCAUUCAGCAACCACUGUGCUCAGUCUGGUCACCAUGGCAACUGACCAGCCUCAGGCCCAGCCUCCAGCAGCCAUUGGUCAAGAUCGCCGCUUACCAAUUCCAAUCAGCAAUGAGCGUAGUCGAGGGCAACUCAAGACACCUGUCAGCUUUGUUGUUGUACCUGUCAGUGAUCUGGGUUACCCUGUUGGUUCACCAGGGAGUAGCAUCUGGGCUUAUACACCAGACACCUGUCAGCUGGUUUGGUGAGCAACAUGAGCCAAUGUCUGGCAUGCAUCAUAACAUGGCCAUGGGAGAUGGGGGAGGGGUGACAGCUCAUGGAAUGGCAGGAGUGGUCUGGAACCCUGUAGCCACCAUGCAACUUCAUGGCACUAGUCCAAAGGUUUGGGGAGCAUAAAGCCAGCCGGUCAUGUGACAUGACGACACCUCUCCUUCCAUUCCUAUAGAGGGCGCUGUUCAUCACAGCCGCAGCAUC